CCGGGUUCGGCGGGCGGCAGAGGUGGGAGCGAAGAAGUCCCGCAGCUCCCGGCCCUCGGGCUCCCGCGGCUCUCGCUCCGGAGCCCGCGCUUUCGCUUCCUCUUCCCCGCGCACCCACGGCCCUGCGGCUGGCGUCAGCGGUGCCCGCAGUGGUCCAGCCCGGGCGAGGGCGCGAGGGUCCUGGUUCCACCCGGAGUUCGGUCCGCGCGCCCAGCGAGUCCGCGCCCGGUGCCGCUGCGGAGCUGAGACUUUGUCGAAAGCGGGAGUCCGAAUCGCUGCCGCCGGCAAGAGCGCAGAGAGCAGGCAGAGGAGCCGCAGGGGCCCUGCCUGCGGGUUCCAGCCUGGUUUUGGCCUGGCCCUGGGGCACACCAGAGGGCCCAGACCUGCAGUUCACACGGAGGCCUCAGGCCCACGCUCACUGAGACUCAGGGGCCUGCAGGCCAUCGUGCAAGAACCACACAGACACCCACCGAGUUACCCGUGAGCCUCACCGCCAACUCAAGGGCGCAGGCACACCCUGCACACACUGACAAACACGCAUAACAAAUAUCACACACACAGACACACACGCAGCCCCAAACCACACACAUACAAAACACAGACUGUGGACAUACACAUGAUCACGGGACACAUACACGAGAACAGCACACAUAUGACUGCACAUUGCAGGUAGACACUACACACAGACACAUAAGCCUACUUGCCAACUCUCUGCCACCCCGGGAUGUUUUAACCCUAACUCAGCCUAUCAAGGUGGUGACUCCUGGCCAGUGUUGGGCAGCUGGAAGGGGACCUGCCUAGUCUCACCAGCGGGCACAGCAGUAACCUAGCAACUAUAAAUACAGCCCCCCAGAGUUCAGUACCUCUGCCUGGACUGAGGUUGCCAGGGCUCCCACACUGGCUGCUUGUUUAGCUGAGGGAUGCAGCCAAAAUCUAAGAGCCUGAGCCCCAGAAAUGAGCAUCAGACCUAGAGAACCCUAUUUGAAGCAGAUACCAGUACUGCACCAAGAAAUGGCACCACGGUACAGAGUAUGAAGCAGACAUGCCAUACAUGUGCCAGUAUGUGUUCCGUGCCACAUGCAUCAUACGCGGUGCUAGGAUUUGGCCAGUACCCACAUAGAGACCGUUAUUUAUGUGAAAACAAGCAGAAGAGAUGUAUAUGGUUCUAGGAAUAAAUGUCACGUGUGUACAAAUACAGAUACCAAUCUGCACCUAAGGAGAUGUAAAGUUGAAAAUCUCUUUCCAGCUCAUGGGUACCGUUAUCAAGCUGGAACACUAGCCUAUGUGUCUGUGGUGAAGUCUGGUCUCCCUUCCAGGGCAGAGGGGGUCAUUUGGUGCUAUGAGAGCAUUGUGGUGAGGCUGGAUUAUGGGAGAACUAUAUGUACCUGAAAUGUAAUCAAGCCACCAAAAAGGGGGAUUUGGGUAGUUUUAAAGGGGAACCCCGUGGUAAAGGGCUGUCUGGGCUAUGUCCUCAGAAUUUCUGGAAGAUGCUGUCAGCCACAGCAGCAGUAAAAGUGGUGGCCAGGCCUGCAUGGUGGAUGAUGGAGCCUGUCUGCAGGCAGGUAUUUGUGUGCACAGACUAUGCUUGGUAAAAACAUUAACCUGUUUGUGGUACACACAGAUAGGUCCCAACAACCAAGCCCGGCAAGACGCAGACAAUGUGUGGCCACAGAUGUCCAACUGGAUUGCCAGGGAGAUGAAUUUUGUAGGAGAAAAUAUCAGGACUUCCAAGUGCUGGCCUUCAUCUCCCCGCAAGAUGCGCCCCCCUCCAGCUCUCAGCCUUCAUCUUCCUACUGUCACUGUCUCCUUCACAAGGAGAGCAGCAAGAGAAAGAAAGAGAGAGGCAAGCGAAAUUCCUGAAUGGAUAGAUAGAUGCUACGUCAUCGGAGCUGCAUCCUCCACUCCACAAGAGGCUAGGAGCUGGGGGGAGAGAGGCAGUCCAGCCGCAGGGGCCACCCGAACAGUCUCUCCUCCUCACAGAAGCCUGGAGCUGGGCAUCCAAGAAGAAGCAGCCUCAUUUGUUUUCUGGUGUCAUCGUAGGUGGCCACCUAUGGCUUUUGGGCUUCUCACCUGGGGCGGGUGGGUGCUGCACCACCCUCCCACCCUCCUUCCUCCGUGUGGACGACAGAGCCACAUCCAGCACCACGGACAGCUCCUGGGCGCAUUGGAAGCUGAGGGUUCUGACAGCAGCAGGCCACAUAGGCAAGGAAGCUGGUGCAUGCAGUGUCUCUGGGCAAGGUUAUGCAACCUUCAUCUCCUCGUCCUCCAGGCAGCACAAGCCAUUGUGGAAUCUCCACCAGGUGUACAGAACGGUGCCUCUGCGUCCUGCCGCUCAGGACCUCUCAAGUCCCUGAUGUGAUGGCUCCUCAGCAUCAUCAGGAGAAAUUCCAUGAUCUUGCUUAUUCCUGUCUUGGGAAGUCCUUCUCCAUGUCUAACCAAGAUCUAUGUGGCUAUAGCACCAGCUCUUUGGCUCUUGGCUUGGCAUGGCUGAGUUGAGAGACCAAAAAGAAGAAUGUACUUCAUCCGGUUGGGCUGGAUUCCCUCUGAUAAGCCUUCCCAGUUGACUGAAAGAUGAGGCUAGGCUCUAGCAAGUUGAAGUGGAACAAGCUCCUUCAAGAAGCUUUGAGCAGAAUGAAGUGGGAAGAACCCAGCUUCCAGCCCAGGAAGCCCACUGUACCUGGAGCCAUCUGGGAUAAGACUUUGACCCAUGACUCCCAUAUCCACAACCUGUCCAUCCUGGCCCAUCCCACUUUAUCCUGUAUUAUUUGAGCUGGGAUUCCCACAUCCUCUGAGAUGGAAGUCCCAUCUCAAGUCUUCAAUAAAGACUCUUGGAUAUUGAAUCACA